UCUCCCGCCUCUCUGCGGUCUGUAGAAUCCUCCGCGGAGUGAUACCUCUUCACUCUCCCGCCUCUCUGCUGAACUCGUUCCACUACGUCAGGUCGUCCCGUUCUCCGUGAAGAUGUCUGCGACGGGUUCAGGCGGCUGUGGACCCGGACCCGGACCCACUCAGGGCUCCGGGUCCGGGGCUUCCAACCCCCGAAAGUUCAGCGAGAAGAUCGCGCUGCACACCCAGCGGCAGGCCGAGGAGACGGCCGCCUUCCAGGAGGUGAUGAUGGACAUCAGCUCCACCAGGCUCCAGGCUCAGAAGCUCCUCCUCGCCAGGAGUCAGGGUCCGUACUAUGGCGGCUCGCUACCCAACGUAAACCAGAUCGGCAGGACCCCUCAGGACUUCCAGGGCUCCUUCCCCUCCACUCUGGAGUCAAACCGGUCCACUCGACAUCACGGUCUGGUGGAGCGAGUCCAGAGGGACCGCCGUUUCAUCUCGCCAGUCAGACCGUACCGCAACCGACAAGUGGACAGCUCCCAGUAUAACUCUGCCUACCUGUCCCCGCCUCCUGACCCCAGCUGGAGAAGGAAUUGGUCCGGAAACUUCCCCGGGGAUAAAAGCCAGUUGUACCGUCUCCCCACCACUGCACUCAACAGGACCAACUCCGACUCGGCCCUUCACACCAGCGUAAUGAACCCUACCACAGGAGACCCGUUCAUGACUGGAGGACCCACCCUCACCCCCCAGGGCAACAGACGCUCAGGCGAUGGAGAAGGCAGAAGAAUGUUUCCGUACCCCGUCCCCCCCAUAGAGGAGAUCAUGUUGGACGAGGGGAAACUUCUCAAACCCUGGGACAACAAGAAGUUUCCUCAGCUGACGUCUCGACCCAAGUCCUGUGAAGUCCCCGGUAUCAACAUAUUUACGUCUCCGGAGCAACCGUCCACGCCAGCACACGGCGUCCCGUCAGCCCUGAACACCGGCGGCUCUCUGCCGGACCUCUCCAGUCUCCACUUCCCCUCCCCGCUGCCCACGCCGCUCGACCAGGACGAGCCGGGCUACCCAGGAUCCAACUCUCUGAGCGGGGGCAGCAGCACAGGGAACCUGGCCUCCACCCUCACCCAGCUGGGCAUCAACCCCGGCAACACACAGGGAGGCAACAGCAACUUCCACCACACACAAGACAGAAGUCUUCGUCCCGUCGCUCACGCCAGCGGCAGCCAUACUCUGACUCUGCCCAACAACUCCCUGGUCCUCCGAGGCUCUGUGACGGACGGGGAUCAGUCAGAAGUCCACUUCCUGUGGGUCAGGGACAGCCAGAGUCCUGCUGCAGGGGACGUGCUGUACGGCUCAGACACUCAGGCCUCUCUCUACCUGGCUAACCUGGUGGAAGGUACCUAUCUGUUCCAGCUGAGGGUGUCCGACGCUCAAGGUCGAUCCUGCUCCGCCAUGGCGACCGUGGAGGUCCGACCAGAGCCGGGUGGAGGGGAGGAGGUGGAGCUGGAGAUGUUGGUGUCGGUGUCUCAGGUGAGCGUGUCUCAGAGGGACACGGUGCUCCGACAGCUCGCCGCUCUGCUCCACUACCUCGACGGAGACAUCCAAGUGCGAGCGCUGCUGGGACACUCCCACCUCAGCACGGUGUUGCGGUUCUCGGUGCGGGGCCCCUCGGGACCGGUCUCCGGCUCCAGGAUCGUGAGUCUGCUGAGGAACCAGCUGCUGAGAGAGAAGAGUGACUACCUGCUGUUCAGAGUGCUGAGAGUCGACACCGUCUUGUGCCAGCUUCAGUGUUCGGGGCGGGGCCAGUGUGAUCCAAUCACAAAGGAGUGCCUGUGCGACCCCUUCUGGACGGAGAACCUGAUUCGUCUGUACCUCGGUGAUGGAGAGAGUAACUGUGAGUGGAGGGUCCUGUACGUCAUCCUGACCAGCUUCAUGCUCAUGGUCCUCAUCCUGUCCGUCAGCUGGACCUUCAUCUGCUGCUGCAAGAGGAGGAGACAGACCAAGGUGAGGAAGAAAACCAAAUACACCAUCCUGGACAACAUGGACGAGCAGGAGCGAGUAGAGCUCAGACCCAAAUUCAGUAUCAAACAUCGCAGCACAGAGCACAACUCCAGCCUCAUGAUGUCCGAGUCAGAGCUGGACAGUGACCAGGACACCAUCUUCAGCCGGGACCGCCCCGUCUGCAGCAGGAACCGGCUCUGCUCUCAGGCGGCACGCAACGGGAACGCCUUCGGCUGAAGGGAGACAGUCCACCUCCUGGUGACACGAAGAGGACUCGUCUCAGGGGUAUUUGAACUCUGGCGCCCCCCUGUGGCAGCGAGAUAUUUAACUCUUUAUUCCCCAGAGAGCUUGUGCUGCGAGGUCAGUGACAUGAUUCAGACACCUUUCAGGGUCCUUCACAAGAACAUGAAGACUUCCUGCCUGCCUGAGGAGAACCUGCUCUUCUUAUCAGGGCGAUGCAGGUCUGAACGUCUGAAUGUGAGGGAGAGGAAGGUGAGAUAUCCAACCUCACUGACCUGUGAACCUUUAACACCUGAACUCUUCAGAAGGAUUCAAAACAGAAGCAGACAUUUAUCCUUCACAGAGAGGUCCAGGACGGGGUGAGCCCAGGGGAGACUGGACUCUGAAUUACACACAUAUCUGUUCAUCUUAGAUACUUAGACAUUUAUCCAACCCCAGGCUAAUGCUAAAGCUAACAGUUAGUCAGUCGAGUGUUAAAGCCACAUUAAAGAAGACAGACCCUCAGAUUUACAGAUAAUGUUAAAAUAUGAAAAGAUCCUAAUAUUAUAAGAACAAAGUCAAAUUAAAAAUAAUGAAUCAGUAAUUUAUUCAUCUUAAUCUGGUGAUUUACUAGAAUUAACUGGUAUAAAUAUUAAGUUGUUCUAAAAUGAUGUAAAUCUGAGAAAGGAGAACAUGAUUUAAAAUAAUAACCAUAAUAAUAAAAAGGAAGGAAACACUGGAGGUAAAAUAAAAUGUUAAAACUCAAGACAGGAAGUUAGACUCACCAAAAUAAAUUAAAGACUAAAAGAUGAAACCAGAAAAAGGAACUGAGAAGCUUCACUUCAAGAAAUGAAAACAGAAAAAUAAAAGCUAAUUAAAUAUUAAGAUGCUGUAAAAUCACUGGAAUAAAAUAAGAUCAAUUAAUUACUAAAUAAAUAAUGAUAUAAUUCACAAUAAAUUAAAUAAUAAAAACAAAGUGAAUAUAUAAUAUAUAUGUAUUUAUAAUUUAAAAUUGGAGAAUUUUAAUUCAAAAAAAUAAACUUAAAAUUUGAGUUAGAUCUGCAGGGUAAGAUAUAAUGAGAGAAUGAAGCUUGUUCUUGUAAUAUUACGACUUUUAGCUCAUAUUUUUACUCCAUCAUCCAGAAUGUAACCGUGCCAACAGAACGACAGAGUAGAAAUAUUCAUUAAGAAUCACACAGAGACAAAAUGUAUUAAUACUGUAAAAUCACUGGAAUAAAAAAGAUCCAAUUACUAAAUAAAUAAUAAAAUAUUCACAAUAAAUUAAUAAAUAAAUAAAUACAAAUUAAAAAUAAAGUGAAGACAUAAUAUAUAUAUGUAUCUAUAAUUUAAAAUUGGACCUAAAUUAGAUCUGCAGGUUAAUAUUCUGACUUUAAGCUCACAUUAUAAAGACUGUUUCUGUAAUCUGGCCUUUUUACUCCUUCAUCCAGAAUUUAACAAAAUGACAUUAAAAAUCACACGAGACAAAAUGUAUUAUUACAAUUUAGGCUUUAAUUCUCCAUUCAUACAAAAGUUAUUCUUUUUAAAUGAACUAUAACGACAACAGUAUAUUACAAUUAGGACAAAUGUCACCGUACAUUAGAGACAGGACGAGCUGCAGAGUCCUGGAGGAGAGGAACUCAGAGUCUUUCUUCCUCUGCAGUUAGAAAUAUAACAUUACACCUCUAGAGGUCAGCAGAGACGCCUUCAGCUCAACAUGAGGUAAAAACAACAACAUGGCACUUUAAAGAUGGCUGACGGUUUUUAACUCUUCUUAUUGGCUCAGAUUAAACGUCUUCUUGAGGUCUCACGACCACAGGAAGUCAAACCGUCAUGGCGUCUGUUCUCUUCCAGGAGUUAGGGGCAUGCAUACAUGCAUGUUCAAUAUUAGGUUUGUAUUUAACAUUGAUUUAUUAUUACUUUAGAGACUGAUCCCUGAAGGCAUCACUGACAUGUUUAACAUCGUCCUACAACACGACACAGAAACAGAAACAGCUCAUGCUUUAAUUAUUAAUAUCAAACUGUUCCAGCAUCAAUUAUUCCACAGACCCAGUUCCAACACGUCGAGUAUUCAUAUCAAAUAUAAAGUCACAUCACGACGGGACGGCAGGAGGUUCAGGACAAACUAGGACUUCACAACAAUCUAAAAAAGGGUUUGUGCUUCUUCCUUUUAUUGGAUCUCUCCUUUCUUCACCUCUACUCGGACGUUACAGCUUCACAGCGUUCUUAAGUUCACUCGCUCCACGCCUCACAACGUGGGAUCAAAUCAAAGGUAUCAUUUCAGGUGAUGUAAAUUUGACUGGAUGCAUCCUGUCUCAUGUGAAUUAUCUGUUGCAUUUGAAAUGAGAAUGUCAUGUCAGAGAAAAUAAAGUCUAAACAGAAAAACA